UCUUUUUUUUUCAACUUUUCAUCAAUUCUUUCUUCUAAAUUUUUGAAUCUGAUUUACUCUUUUCGCUGCUCGUCCGUUUAUACUAGCUACUGCUUCCUUGUCAGAUUAUGGCAUAUUGCUUCCUUCGGGUUCAGUAAACGCCCUGUUUUUUCAUACAAAAAGAGUGCGGGAGAGCAAUUACAAUAGAAUUACACCGCCAUGGCAUAUUCAAUACAGCACCGCGCAUUCCAUCUCUUCCCAUGCCUUCCUGCUGAGCUGCGCCUGCAAAUAUGGCGUAAGACGCUGCCAGAUCUCGAUGGCGUCACACUGCAUGGCUACAAGAAAGGAUGCUGGGAUCUCCGCGACCCUCUAUCAGGCGAAUCUGAGGGAGAGUCCGGCGCCCUUGGCAGAGCCGAUAAGAUACUGGACUUUCGUCACGAGAGGCUGGACGACGUUUACAUCGACAUGCCCAUCGUCUUUGUCAAUCGUGAAGCCCGAGGCACCGCUUUGUCCUGGGCUCGCGCGCAAGGCAUCAAGAUGGACUUCAAUACCGACAAGGGCUGCCACGUCUUUGUGCUGCCCUUCAACCCAUGGCAGGACGCACUCUUCAUCAACUCGCACAAACUGGAGGAAUUUUGCUUUGAGCCGACCGAUCGGCUGGCGGGACUCCAACUCCGCGGGCAAUCCGCCUACAGCAAUCCCGAGGUCACCCAGGUCGCCUUGCCGCACACGGCGCUUACAUCCGAAAUGGCGGUCUUCUACGAUCUGAUCCAUUGGUUCCCCCGUCUUCAGGUGAUCUACAUCAUCGUAGACAUUGAAAUUGGCCCGACCCUGCCAAAGUUUUCCUCGACGGAAGAGCGCGCGAGGCACAAGGAGCGGAUGAAGCACCAGCGGUGGAAGACCAGCCAGACACAGGGCCAUUCGUAUGUGUGGGACAACCAGGAUCGCAAGUUUGUCCGCCACAUCGGCACACCCAUCGGCUUCAGGUCCAUGUACAGGGAGAUUGAAGACUACUUGGCUGUGGGGAUAGCCAAGGCUUUUGCCAAGAGGGAUGUUGAAAGAUUUGAAAUUCGACCUGUUUUGAUGGUGUUGUGAUGAUGAUGAUGAUGAUGAUGAUGGAGAUUUUCCCUUUUCUUUUUUUUUUUUUUUUUCUCUUCUUGUCUCUUCCUCUUUUCUGGGAGCGGGGUUCUGGAGUAUUGGGUACUGUAAGGAUUGAUUCGGCAAAGCAAGCAACGAUUUUAGGUGCCAGGAUUUCGGGUUCUUCUAUUUUGGGUGGAUGGAUGGAUGGAUUUUGAGUGCUUACACAAAGCGCAACUAUUGGCUUUUGGAUUUUAUCAAUGUACACCCUCUUCUCAAUUCUCACUAAUUUUUGGUAUCGAUUUCGAGUAUCUUUGCUAGC